AUGAUGAGACUUGCAGGGAAGAGGGUAUCUUCCUCUUUGCAUCCAUGGCUUCUGAACCAUACUGCCAAUUUCACCACCCAACAUGCUCUCUCUUCCCCAUCAGAAUCCCAUUACUCGGAUACCGUGUAUGGGUCUUGUGACCACCUUGAUCUUGCUUGUCAACUGCUUAAUGAAUUCUCGUGUUGGGAUUUUGAUCUGGUCUCUGCCAAUAUGAUCAUCGCAAGUUUUAUGAAGGAGGCAUUGGAUAUGUUCAGGAAUAUGUUGACCUCAAACAUAGAACCAGACGGAUUCACUUUUGCAUCCAUUGUAACUGGGUGUGCACGACUUGGAGCUCUUGAUUAUGCUAAGUGGGUACAUAAUUUGAUGUUUGAGAAAAGAGUUGAACUAAAUUACAUUUUACGUUCUGCACUAAUAGACAUGCAUUCAAAAUGUGGAAGAAUUGAAACAGCAAAAGCAAUAUUUGACAGUGAUCGACAUACUGAUGUGUCUGUUUGGAAUGCAAUGAUUAAUGGGCUAGCAAUUCAUGGCCUUGCUUUCGACGCAAUUGCAAUAUUCUCGAUGAUGGAGGUGGAAAAUAUUUUACCUGAUUCUAUAACUUUAUGGGAAUUUUAA